AUGACCUACAAACAGCACACCAUGUUCUUACUCUUCUGUCUCGUCGGAUUGGGUCUCGCCCUACCUUUUCCUCCUUCCUCUCAAGCAAAUCUCACCACCUCGACUUCAGCUUCCCUAUUCUCCUCUUCCUAUAUUCAGACAGCCGGCACUGCGGCACCAUCAGUCAGCCUAGCUCCGAGUCAUCUAUCAGCAGCUACCAAGUCAAUCGCUACCAAUCAUACCAUACCCUCACAACCAGCAUUUCCCACACUAGGUCCGCCUCAAUGGAGCGCUGGAGACAUUAGCACUAUUGUGUUUGGUUGCAUCGCUUCGAUCCUCGGAGUCCUCGCUUUGUGUCUGACGCUUUGGCUUCGUCGACGGGGUCCUGGAUAUUUGACAAGAUAUGACGUUGAAACCGGCAUUGGCGUAGCACGCGAUGAUAGCGACCUGCCACUCGAAGACCUCGCGCGGGACACCGGCACCGACAGCGAAGUCGCCGCAACAUAA